CUGAACAGAGCCUCCAGCAUCCCUCAGACCUUUCUCCACCACUGCAGACAAACACCUCCUGAAAGAGCAGAGCUGUUAAUCUGGUUAAUUAUGAUGGCUGCUCCUUACUGGGUUUCUGUAGCCGUCCUUGUUUUGAUGACCGUUACAAACGGCGAGACUGUUAUUGACCCAAACCAGCUCGCACCAAUUGUACAAGACAUUCUGAACAGGUACACACCUAGCUACAUUGGUGCAAACAACAACAGAAAGUUUCCCAUGUUCAGUGUGGCCGUGAGCGUCCCGUACAAUGAACAAACAAACACGUUUGAUAUGAAUGGAGUCACUGAUGAUGAUGGUGAAAAAGUGAAGAAGGACAUUCUAGACUGUGACGUAUACCAAGGUGACAGAGUGGUGGCAGCCACAGUGCUGAGAUGGCCCAAUGUUCUAACUCAGUGUCCUAAUGCUCGUGUACAGUGGACCGAUGUUUUGCGGAAAUGUCGUAAGCAGGACAUGACAUGGAAUGAUGUUAAGUUGUGUCGUAACAUUAACAUGCGGAAUGGCAGAGCUGAUCAUGCAGAGUUUCGAACCCUGCAGCAUGUCAACACUUUGGUCAAAUCAGAAAAUGAUCUGAUGGUUUUCUACAUCCGUGCCUCCCCAUGUGAUCAGAGAUGUACCAACCAAGAUAAUCGUCUGAAUAUUCUCACUAACAUAAAAAAGAUAUGGGGGUGGAAGAAUUAUGUUGUUGUGUUUUCAGAUGUAUUUAGACCUCGUGAUGGUGGGAACAUACCUGAGAAUAACCUGCGUGAAUCACUUAAGAGGCUUGGGAAUGCAAUCGCAGAUCAAGGGUCAAAUGGUCUUCAGCAUAUAUUCCGAUGCUACCGGCAGCAAGAAAUGAAGUGCUUUAGCUGCGAUGACGUUACAGAUGGUGAUACAGAUGGUGUUACAGAUCAAUGUGUUUCAGAUCGUAAGCAACCUGACAGAAAACUAUCUGAUGUUGGGAAAAGUCCGGAAAGAGGGGAAAAACAGAAUCAGAGCAAGAAUGUUGGGAAAAGUCCGGAAAGAGGGGAAAGACAGAAUCAGAGCAAGAAUGUUAGGAAAGGUCAGCAAAGAGGGAAAAGACAGAAUCAGAGCAAGAAUGUUAGGAAAGGUCAGCAAAGAGGGAAAAGACAGAAUCAGAGCAAGAAUGUUAGGAAAGGUCAGCAAAGAGGGAAAAGACAGAAUCAGAGCAAGAAGAAGCAGAAGGGUAACAUCCAGAGAGGAGUGAUGAGAGAAAAUCAUCAGAAUUAACCAGAAGAGGGAAAAAGAAAAACAGAAAAUGUAACCCGUGCUUUGCAUCGUUUUCCUGCAUCCAUGUCUAACUUUUAAAUGUGUGUGUUCGUCACAGCAAGAUUAACAUGUGCUCCUGAAAUCACAGCUGCAUCGUGCACUCUGGUCAUUCUGGUCCACGAUACUGUCGGCGCCUCUGAUUGUGUGAACUGAAACACAAACAGUGUGUGUAGAGUGUAAUCCAUUUAUAGCCUCUGAUACUGUCUCUGAUUAAAGCU